CUUUGGUAGGAGUGACAGAUAGGAGCGGGAGUUAGAAAUUACUGUUGUGUCUGAUGUGAUAGUGUCAAUACGCAAUUUUGGUAAUAUGCAAAAAGCUUCGAGAUUAAAACGAGAGCUUGAAUUGAUGGUGAAGAGUCCACCAUCCGGUAUUUCAUGUACACUUAAGGAUGAUAACUUUAAUGUGCUCGACGCAAGCAUUGUUGGUUUGGAAGGAACAGCUUAUGAGGCCGGAGUUUUUAAAUUAGAAAUUCAGAUACCAGAAAAAUAUCCAUUUGAACCACCCCAAGUGAAGUUCCUAACACCCAUUUAUCAUCCAAAUAUUGAUUCUGGUGGUCGAAUAUGUCUGGACCUGUUGAAAGUUGGGAAAUGGAAAGCUACUAUUACAUUAUCAUACCUUCUGAUGAGCAUACGACUUCUAUUGGCUGAGCCAAAUCCUAGUGACCCUCUUGUGGCAGAAAUUGCUGAAGAAUUUUUAUUCAACAGACCAUUGUUUGAUAAGACAGCAAGAGAAUGGACCAAACGACACGCCUGCUUGAACUUGGAAAUGCCUUCGGAGAAUGCAGAAGUGAGUCAUUCAUGUGGUGUGCGGAGUGAACCAACGAAAAGAAAAUCUUGGCAAAUGGAAGAUCUUACCCAGGAGCCUAAUGCAUCAAAAUGUUUGAAAACCGAUUGAAUUUGUGUGUGUGUGUGUGUGUGUGUGUGAGAGAGAGAGAGAGAGAGAGAGAGAGAGAGAGAGAGAGAGAGAGAGAGAGAGAGAGGGAUAAUGGAUAUACUUCAUAACAGAAAAAUCUUGUUGUAAAUUGUGUUCUUUUUAUUCUUGAUUCCUGCCUUCAUAGUGCAUGAUACAGUCUUGCAUAGAUUUGCGUAAUUUUCAUUAGUUGUGCUCAUGCAGUGCGGAACAAGUCUUGAACAAUAGUAAAUCAAGAGGCUGUAAAUAAAUUUCAUGACAGUUACUAUUGUGAAAAGGUCUCUCCCAUUGAAAAUUUCUCAAUUGCAAAUCAUAUAGCAACAAAUAAAACAUUACUGUUGCAGUGCCAUUUCAUUGCCAUUGUGUUUUCAUGUCAGGACUUUGUGUCAAAGAGAUCCUUUGUACAUGAGGGCUAUUUGGAAAGUAAGUUCUGUUAAUUUAUAUCAAAAGAAACACUAGUACAUCAAGAAGUUUUUCUUGUUAUAAACAAUUAUAUUAGCUACAGAUAUUUUUAUACUAAUUGACUUCUACAUUAAGGUUCUUGUUAUACUUAGGAAAAAGUUUUGUUGUAGAAUUCUGCUGCCUGUGAGCUAAUAAAUCAGCACUGUACACAUGAUCGAACAAUUCCCAAUUGAAACGUUAAGCAACAUUUGUGUUCAUGCAGCAGUAUCUGGUCUAGCUUUAUCUUACACAAAUAAGACGACAGAGCUCAACAUCCCACCCCCUUCAUUUUUGCAUGGCUCUUUUGGCCUUUUUAGUGUUUCACUGUAAAUUUCGAGUUAUUGUGGUCCUCUUUCCAUAAAAUCAACUAAAACUACUUAUUUUGUGUCCCAAAAAUAGUUAUCGUCAGUGCUUGUGCGAAAAAUGUUUGGCGGCUCUUUGAAGGUUUGCAUGAUGAUCUAGUGUGUCCUCAGUCCAUUGAUUUCCCC